AUGGGCAAAGGUGUUAAAUUUGACUCUGAGGUAUUGAGCAAUGUUAUAUUCUAUGCUAUUGAAUUCAAAGGAGGAAGGUCAGACAUAUUCUAUUCACCUCUACCUAAUUUCAAACAAGAUGACUUGGUGAUCGUUGAAGCUGAUAGAGGGCGUGAUCUUGGAAAGAUAAGCAUGGAAAACAUUAGUCGAUCACAAAUAGAAAGCUUUUAUCGAAGCAAUCGAAAUAUAGAAGAUGAGCCAUCAGAAAAGAAACAAGAAAUUUACAUCAAACGUAUCUUUCGUCAUGCAAGACCUGACGAGAUCACACUACUUUUAGCCAAGGGUCAAGAUGAAUCCAAGGCAUUGAUUGUUUGUCAAUCCAAGAUUAAGCAAAAGAAACUCAAUAUGCAAGUGGUUGAUGCAGAAUAUCAAUGGGACAGACGAAAGCUUACAUUUUACUUUGUGGCAGAAAAAAGAGUUGACUUUCGAGAGUUGGUUAGAGAACUAUUUAAGCUUUACAAGACACGUAUUUGGAUGUGCACUAUCAACUCUAUCAAAAUGUUCAAAAAAUAG